GGAUUUGUCUAUUCUACUACUAGAAAGUCACUGUACCUUAGUCUCAAUGCCGGCCAAGGAUCACCAUUGUCCCGGGAGGAAUGGCCCAGUCGGCAAGGGAAAGUCGAUGAUUCGCGCUGGAAAUUGCAGGUGGACAGAGUUCGGUGUCCAUCAUUGCGAGAGACAUAUGCAUUUUUGUAUCCUCCACAAGAUCGCAAUGAUGAAGGGAAAGCCUUGCCCAGCAUGUCAAAAAGGGUUAAGGAUAAAGGACAGAAAAAAAGACGACAAAGAUAAAGAUAAAGACGAUGACAAGGAUAAAGACAAGGAUGGGAAUGAUCCAACGCAUAGGGAGAAGGGAGACGCGUCAGGGAGCAAACAGGGCUCAGGGGCUAAAGGCAACAAGUCUAGGUCGGGGAAAAAAUCAUCACCAAAGAAGCACGGGGUGAAGACCAAAUCUGCAACAACAAUUUCGAGCACGAGAGCUGCUUAUAAGCCCCAUACCUACUUCACCCGCGCCAAUGUCCUUUGGCUACAAGCGGAGAUAGAUGGUUGCAAUUGGGAUGCUCUUGAAAGGCAGGCGAAUAUUAGGGGAGGCAUGACUGAGUUGGGGGCAUAGUGAAUGUUGGGGCUAUAGGGCGGAUGUUUUUGUCCAACUUUUGCAUCUGCUUUUUCUCUGAACUUGGAUGGUAGGAGUUUGUACUUUGUUUUGUAUUAUUUACGGUUCAUUCCAGGAGUUGAGAUGGCGGUGAAUAG